AUGAAAGUAUUUAUAACUGGUGCUUCUGGCUUCAUUGGUUCUGCCGUAUUAUCUGAACUAAUAUCCUCGGGUCAUGAAGUUGUUGGCUUGGCAAGGUCAGACGAGGCUGCUGCAAAGAUUAAGUCGAUUGAUCCUGCUGCAAAAAUCCUUCGCGGUGAUCUCAAGGAUCUGGAAAUUUUGAAAAAAGGUGCCACUGAAUCUGAUGGCGUUAUUCAUUUAGGAUUUGUGCAUGAUUUUAAAAAUUUUGAACAGUGCUGCGAAAUUGACCGUCAGGCCACUGUAGCUAUGCUAGAGUCACUUAAAGGUUCUAACAAGCCUUUCUUAUAUACGAAUGGUACACUUUCUUUGCGACCAAACAAAGUUGCUAACGAACAGGAUGGUAUUGAUGAAGAUUCCAAAAUUUUGCGUGCUGUCACUGAACAGGUUGCCUUGAGUUACAAAGACAAAGGUGUUUCAGCAAGAAUUGUCAGACUCCCAUUCUCGGUUCAUGGCAAGGGGGACAAGGCUUUUGUACCAAUAUUAAUGAAUAUUGCCAAAGCUGCCGGAAAAUCUGGCUAUGUCGGACAAGGCACAAACGCUUGGGCGGCUGUACAUCGUUUGGAUACGGCUCCUCUGUUCAGACUUGUUUUAGAGAAAGGAAAAACAGGACAAGUGUAUCAUUGCGUUGGUGAACAAGGUAUACCAUUCAAAGAUAUUGCGCGUGUGAUUGGAGAAAUUUUGAAUGUUCCCGUGGCCUCUAUCCCUGUUGAUGACGCGGAAAGUCAUUUUGGCUUCCUCACUUGUUUUGUCACUAGAGAUGGCCCAGUUUCAAGCGAAGGUACCAGAAAAGAGCUGGGAUGGCAGCCACAACAAAUCGGUCUUCUUGAAGAUAUCCGUGCGAACUAUAGCUUAAACUGA